AUGGAGAAGACUAUUGAUGUAGCUUAUGGCGUUUCGGUGAAGGCCGGUUUGACGUUGUUGGAGAAGAAUCUGUUGCCGGAUAUUCUCAUACGGCGGCUUACGCGGCUACUUCUCGCCGGUCGACUCCGUUCCGGUUACAAACCCACGGCGGAGCUACAACUUUCCGAUCUCCUCCGUUUCGUUAACUCUAUAAAGGAGAUGCCUAUAGCGAUCAAUACCGAGAAACCGAAGACUCAACACUAUGAAUUACCAACAGCUUUCUUCGAACUUGUUCUUGGAAGAAACAUGAAAUACAGCUCUUGCUAUUUCCCAAAAAGUUCAAGUAGCUUAGAAGAUGCAGAGGAAGCAAUGUUGGCUCUAUAUUGCGAAAGAGCUAAAGUGGAAGAUGGACAAAGUAUUCUUGAUGUCGGAUGUGGCUGGGGAUCUUUGUCUUUGUACAUUGCUCGGAAAUAUAGCAAAUGCAAGUUAACCGGUUUAUGCAACUCAAAGACACAGAAAGCAUUUAUCGAUGAGCAAUCCCGGAAACUCGGGCUUCAGAAUAUCGAAAUAAUUGUUGCGGAUAUUAGCACUUUCGAGCAUGAAGGGACAUACGAUAGAAUAUUCUCCAUCGAAAUGUUUGAGCAUAUGAAAAAUUAUGGAGAGCUUCUGAAGAAAAUAGGAAAGUGGAUGAAGGAAGAUAGUCUUCUGUUUGUUCACUACUUCUGUCACAAGACACUUGCUUACCACUUUGAGGAUGUGAAUGACGACGACUGGAUCACAAGAUACUUCUUCAGCGGAGGAACAAUGCCAUCGGCGAAUCUUCUUCUCUAUUUCCAAGAAGAUGUUUCGAUUGUGGAUCAUUGGCUCGUAAACGGGAAGCAUUAUGCACAAACAAGUGAAGAGUGGCUCAAGAGAAUGGAUAAGGAGAUAGUUGCAGUAAAGCAGAUAAUGGAAAUGACUUAUGGGAAAGAGGAAGCAGUGAAGUGGAUGGUUUACUGGAGAACCUUCUUCAUCGCGGUUGCAGAGCUUUUCGGAUACAACAAUGGAGAAGAGUGGAUGGUUUCACACUUCCUCUUCAAGAAGAAAUGA